UGCUGGGACAGAUGGGACAGCAGGCCACACUGGAGGAACCACUCAAGUAGACCUCGACCUGCUCACAGUGCUCGCACUCACUGCCCGACCAAAAAAGCUACUCUGCUGGGAAAAUACGCUUCUGUCUAUUCUCACAGACAUAUAAUCUUAACAGCAAACUGGAACUACUAGACUGGGACAAUACCUUUGGACAAAAACUUGAAGGAUGCAGGACGGGAGAUGGAAUCAGUCCCUCCCCCUCUCUCUGCUUAUGAAGGAUGGGGGCAGGGUUCUAGAGGGAGACGGAGGGGUGUUCUCAGAGACGUCGUCUGAUGGGGAUCUAUACCUGGACUCUAUGGCGGAUAUGGACGCCGGAGUUGGGGACUUUUCAGAUCUUACCGCCUUCCUCAGCCAAGACGAGAUCAACCGCAGCCUGGACCUGGCUCGGGAGGCCUUCAGUGAUGCAGAAGACCGGGGAGUCACUGUCUCUCCUAUUCCCAGAACCCAGGAGCCGGCUCUCUACUUCCCCUCCCCCACCCCCUUCAACACCACAGAAUACCUGACCAAAAGCCCCAGCUUCCCCCACCAAACCAAAGCCCACUCCCCAGAUGACAGUCACUCAGUCAAAGUCACCUCCAGCCAGAGUUUCCACCUCAGCAGGCCCAUACAGACCACAUGUGAAGCCAUGGCCUUGCCUGAGAAGUUUGUCUGCCACAAGAACAUCACCCCAGUCUAUAAGCAGGACAAGCCCCGACUGGUCCACGAGGGCUUAGAGCUGAAUGAACGGGCUGCCUCCGCCACUGAGUUCUGUAGCCGUGCUGCCACCUUCAUCGAGGAGCUGUCCUCUAUCUUUAAAGGCUCCGCCCGGCCGGAGCAAAUGGGGGAGGAAGACUCCUCCUCUCCCGACAGCGGGUAUCUGUCUCCUAAGAGCCACUGGCUGGGCCCCCAGGGCUCUGCCUCUGUCCCCCCACAGCCUCUCAUCCAACAGGGGGCACCACAGCAGUGUGAGCCAGGCUUGGGUAUCCAGCCAGCAAGCAUGAUGGGUGGAAUGGGUGUGACGGGUGUCCCUUCUCUGAGUGUGACGGGGGUUCCAAUUGUCUCCAAUCUGAUGAGUGUGAAUGAGUUGAUGGGGAAGCAGCAGCACAGUGGAGCCCAGUUGAUGGGGAAGCAGCAGCACAGUGGAGCCCAAUUGAUGGGGAAGCAGCAGCACAGUGGAGCUCAGUUGAUGGGGAAGCAGCAGCACAGUGGAGCACAGUUGAUGGGGGAGCAGCAGCACAGUGGAGCCAAGUUGAUGGGGGAGCAGCAGCACAGUGGAGCUCCGUUGAUGGGGAAGCAGCAGCACAGUGGAGCUCAGUUGAUGGGGGAGCAGCAGCACAGUGGAGCCCUGUUGAUGGGGAAGCAGCAGCACAGUGGAGCCAUGUUGAUGGGGGAGCAGCACAGUGGAGCCAAGUUGAUGGGAGAGCAGCACAGUGGAGCCAAGUUGAUGGGGAAGCAGCAGCACAGUGGAGCCAAGUUGAUGGGGGAGCAGCAGCACAGUGGAGCCCAGUUGAUGGGGGAGCAGCAGCACAGUGGAGCCCAGUUGAUGGGAGAGCAGCAGCACAGUGGAGCCCAGUUGAUGGGGGAGCAGCGGCACAGUGGAGCCCAGUUGAUGGGGCAGCAGCAGCACAGUGGAGCCCAGUUGAUGGGGGAGAAGCUCAGUGGAGCACAGAGUGUAGAUGGAGACCUGUCACUGCCACACUUUACCCAGAAGCUGAAGAGCCAGGAGGUGGCAGAGGGACACCCCAUCCAACUGGAGUGUAGGGUGGCAGGAAACCCUCAGCCGCUGGUCAGGUGGUUCUGUGAGGGGCGGGAGCUGCACCACUGUCCUGACAUCCAGAUCUGGAGGGAUGGUGCCCUACAUACGCUGGUGAUCGCUGAGGCCUUCGAGGACGACACGGGACGCUACACCUGCGUGGCCUCCAACAGCCUGGGGGCGGACAACACCUCGGCAGAGGUCUACAUCCAGGGUGCUUCAUCCUCCGACUCAGAAGGAGAAGUGUCAAAGUCCAGAUCAGGAGCCAUGCCUCAGGUCCAGAAGAAGACGACUUCAAUCUCCCUGUCCAUUCGUUCACCUUCACCCAAGAGCCCUGAGGUUGUUCCUCACCGCUCCACCCUGGUCCUAUCUGCACCCCCACACCGGAUGCAGAGUCCAGUUUCUUCACUAUAUGGAGGUGGUGGUCCUCUUACAGCGCCCCCUAUCUUUACCAAGCUCUUACAGAAUGCCCAGGCAUCAGAGGGUCAGGUGGUUGUGUUGGAGUGCAGGGUUCGAGGCAGCUUUCCUCUGCAGGUCCAAUGGUCCAGACAGGGACAGGUCAUCCAGGACUCUCCAGACUUCCGCAUCCUGCAGAAAAAGCCACGGUCUGCAGCAGAGCCAGAGGAGAUCUGUACGCUGGUGAUAGCAGAGGCCUUCCCAGAGGAUGGAGGUCAGUUCUGCUGCACUGCAACCAACCUUUACGGCUCCGUCAGCAGCACAGCCCAACUCUCUGUCACUGGAGGGGCCUUCAACACUCCCACAGCGGUGUACGACUCGGUCAGGAAUGGUGUGGCGCCCGGGGAUGACUCUGUCUUUGAGGACACCCAGGCCUUUCCCCCUCCCCCGCCCACAGAGAUCAGCCUAUUGGAGGUUCCGCCCAAGGUCCCACCCAGUACCUGCGCCGAGGGUUUCCACGUCAACGAGCUGGAGAUCUGGCCCAGCAUGUCGGGCCUGCAGCCUGUCCACAUGUACCACGACGUGGAAGGUCAGGACCGGGCCAACUGGGCACUGCAGAACGGCAGGCCUGCCAGCCCCUCUCAGCCCACCUUCAGCCUGCUUCCACGAGAGGCCCAGCCAGACUUCCCAGGCCCAGCCAAGAUGUCUCCGCCCCCAGUGAAGGAAGGUCCUCCACUGCCCACCAAGCCCAAACUAGCGGAGGGUAUAGAGGAGGAGACAGAACAUGACAGGAACGCAGAACAGUUGAAGCAGCUGCAGGAUCAGAUUAUAUUGGAACAGCAGGAAGCAGCCAAUUGGAUCCAACAUCAGGAGCAAGAGCAGGAAGUCCCGCCUCUGCCACAGCAGCCCCCGGAAGUGCCCUCUCUGCCUUCUCUUCCUCUUCCCCCUCCUCCCUCCUUCCAGGAGCUGGAGAGCAGCGCCAUGCAGACCAGCACCUUCAACUACGCCCGGCCAAAGCAGUUCAUUGCUGCCCAGAGCCCUGGGGGGACUGGCCCUAUGGGGGGCUAUGUCACCCAGUCCUCAGGGUCCUCUGGUUCCAGCCUGCCCUCCCCCCUCUCCCCACCCACCUCACAAAAACCCUUCACCAGGGUUGUCCUGCCUCCCUUCAGUAAGGGCGGUAGCAUUGAGUCUCAGUCCCCUUCCUCUCCCUCCUUCCCACCUCCACCUCCUCCCUUCCUCAGUAGCAGCAUUUCAUCCUUGUCAGGCCCUGCCAAAGACUUCCCUCCACCCCCUCCUCCCCCUCCUCCACCUGUCUCUUCGGCUCCCCCCUACUCCCUCGCCCACUCCAACAGCUCCUCCCCCUUCACCUCCAUGCCCCAAUCACCUGCUGGCUUCCUGGCCUCUGUCCUUCCAGCCACACCCACUAGCCCAUCCUUCAACGCCCUGGGCCUGCCUAAAGGGAACGGGACUAUCAGUGCUUUUCCCCGGAAGCAGUCCAGAGGAACCCCACGCCUGGCCUCAGACUCUGACAUCCAGGGAACCAAGGAUGCUGUCAUUCAGGACCUGGAGAGGAAGCUACGAUUCAAGGAGGAGCGCAUGAGCAACGGACAACAGAGGUUAACCUAUGAGGAGAAGAUGGCUCGCAGGCUGCUGGGGGCAGACAAUGCAGCCACAGUACUAAACACACAGCAGCAGGAUGAGGAGCCAGUUACACAGGAUUCCAGUUCAUCUGACAUAGAAUCUGUCCCUCAAAAGGAGUACAAGGUGUCCAGCUUCGAGCAGCGCCUGAUCAGUGAGAUCGAGUUCCGUCUGGAGCGCUCUCCAGUGGAGGAGUCUGACGACGAUGUGCAGCAUGACGAGAAUGCCACCGGCACCGGGGUGGUGCCCUUCUUCGACAGCAAGCUCAAACACUACAAGGUGUUCGAGGGCAUGCCCGUCACCUUCUCCUGCAAGGUCAUUGGAGACCCCAAGCCCAAGAUCUACUGGUUUAAGGAUGGGAAGCAGAUCUCUAAGAGGAGUGAACACUACAGGAUCAGCCGCGACGCUGACGGGACCUGCAACCUCCACACCGCCGCCGCCUCAUUGGACGAUGACGGCAACUACACCAUUAUGGCUGGUAACCCUGAGGGGAGGGUGAGCUGUACUGGAAGGAUGAUGGUCCAGGCAGUGAACCAGAGGGGGAGGAGCCAGCGCUCUGCACCUGGACACAUCCGCAGACCUAGGUCUCGGUCCAGAGACAGUGGUGAUGAGAACGAGAACAUCCAGGAGCGUCACUUCCGCCCCCACUUCCUGCAGGCGCCUGGUGACCUCAUCGUCCAGGAGGGUAGGCUCUGCCGGAUGGACUGCAAGGUGAGUGGCUUGCCCACACCAGACCUGAUCUGGCAGCUGAAUGGUCAGACCAUUCGUCCUGACUCCGCCCACAAGAUGCUGGUGAGGGAGAAUGGCGUCCACUCGCUGGUCAUCGAGCCCGUGUCCAGCCGUGAUGCAGGCAUCUACACCUGUAUUGCCAGCAACCGCGCUGGACAGAACUCCUUCAACCUGGAACUCAUUGUAGCAGCCAAAGAGAUGCACAAGGCCCCUUCGUUCAUCGAGAAGCUGCAGAACACUGGUGUUGCCGAGGGUUACCCGGUGCGUCUGGAGUGCCGUGUGUCGGCUGUUCCCUACCCACAGAUCUUUUGGAAGAAAGAGAAUGAAUCUUUCACGCACAACACAGACAGGAUAAGCAUGCACCAGGACAACUGUGGCUAUCUGUGUAUGAUCAUCCAACCAGCCAUGAAGGAGGAUGCUGGCUGGUACACCGUGUCUGCCAAGAACGAGGCUGGCAUUGUGUCCAGCACUGCACGACUCGACGUCCACACUCAGUGGCAGCAGCCCAACACUCCCAAGCCUAAGAAGGUGCGUCCGUCGACGAGUCGCUAUGCAGCGCUGACAGAGAGAGGACUGGACGUGAAGGCAGCCUUCUUCCCCGACUCCAGCCCCCUGCAGCCGGGAGGCCUGGUGGAGAGUGAUGACCUGUAGAGACCAACGGGGGCACCACAUGCCCAAACAAGUCCCUAAUGUAAUGCCUUAAAACUAACCCCUGACCCCAGUACCAGCCCUGUUCCACCCCGUUCUCCCCAGACAUAGGGGUAAAUGUAACCCCCUCCAUCUGAGGUGUUGUACGACAAGGCCACAGAUACCUUUCUGGAAGAUGGAUGACGGGCAAUGUGACACCCCAUAAUAUCUUUGUCAAUCAAACAUGGAUCCCAAUUUAGGAUCAGAUGAUUCCCUUUGGUCAACCAUUAAAGCAGAGGAAUCUACCCUGAAACCCAUUGAAGUUUAUUUUCGAUUGUAAAACUGCCAUUACCACACACAAGUGUGUUCACCUCUGAAGUGUCUGAGAUAUCUCACAUGAUCUCUCUGUAACAAUUAUAAUUCAAAGGUAUAAAGUUCAAGUUGAAAGUAGCAUUAUUAUGCAUGUUACAAUGUUGCCAUUUGUGACGCUGUAUGUAAAUGGAUGACGUUUUAUGAAAUACUCCCUCAACAAAGGCACCAAAUUGUAGGGGCAGAGAUAUUUAGAAACGGGACAAACUUUGGAUCUGCAAUGGAAAGUCCAAAGCAUGGGAGCAGCACAUCAUGUUUCCCAGAAGAAACCCCAAAACAAAGUUAUUAUUUUAUAUGGGUAUCACAGCAUAGUCUGGGUAACAUAGCACAAUAUGGAUAUCAGCAGUGUCUUUUUUUUUGUUACAAGUAGCACAAUACCCUAGAUAUCAGCAUUGUCGGGUUCAACAUUUAUCAUAAUUACCAUAGAUAUUGCACAAGGCCGGGCCUUACUUACUUUUCGCUUCUGUUUUUUUGUCAGGUCAAAUGACCUUGGAAGUUAAAACUGUUUAGUAACUUUGGAUGAGUUGUGAAAAAGAGAAUGUUGGCUGAAUGAUGCAGACACCGUUGAGAGCUUUGUGUUACCAUAGUAACUUCAGUGAUUGAUUGAUGGAAAGAGAGGUCCGUGACAUGCUAGGAGGUACUGGCAUGUGAAGGUUGACUAUAACAGGGACAGGAUGAGGGGUUAUCCUGGGCCAGGAGGCCCACAAGAUCUGUCUCAGCCCAGUGUCAACAGUCACUUCAACGCUUGUGAACUGUGUGAUACGUGAGUGGGAGACAUCAAGGACAGACAAAAGCAAGUUUUUCAGAAUGGAAUUCAAUGUGAGAAGAUGACAAAGCAAUGGAUUAUGUUGAUGAUGAAAUGAUGAAGAAUGACAGAUUCUGUUAUGACAGAUUCUGGAGAUCAUUUAUUUCCUUUGAUGUUUCAGUUUAAAAUCUUCAAACACAUGAGACAGUCCUAAAAAUGGCUUCAGUGGAUUGAUCACACACUACAGAUGGUCUGCUUUAUUUUUUGUAUGAAAAAAACCUCUAUUUACUUUCCCAAGAAACUUGACAUAAAUGAUGUAUCUUCUCUAAUGUUCAAUGACAAAACAUAAUCCUGACUGUAUUAAAAUAUCACUCUUUUUAAACUAUAUUGCCUUAAAAGAUCACUUGGGCCUAUUUCAAUCACUAUCUGUCCAUAUUUUUCUGAGGCACUUAUGACAAGUAUUUUUGACAAUUAUUAACUGUUUAGAAGGGAGAAUAUAUGCACAGAAUUGUAUUGAAAUAAGUAAUUAUAUAUUUUCUUUCACUACUGUAUUACCAAAUGGGCAUAUCUUGCUGUAUCUGUUCAGAUCAUGUUUCAUCCUGCCAUGACUGGUCACUCACAAACAUAUAGGACACCUUUUUGAUUUAUAUGCCAAUCUGUGCCUGUAUAUGGAAUGUUCUCCUGAUAUCAUGUUAGUUUAUGAAAGAUAAUAAAAAUCAAAGUCUGGA